AUGUUAUGGAAAUUAAAAGAGAAUGUAUUAUUAUUGUUCAAGUUGCAGUGGCUAUUUUUGCAUGUGUGUGUAUGAUUUCUAAUUAAAUUUAGGGAGUAAGAAGAAACAAAAUAGGCUCAGCUUAAUUACAAUUCCAAUACUUUGCAAGAACAAUGACAAUAAAAUUAUAAUAUUUAAAUCAUAAUAUUUUUUUAAACAGAUAAACCAAGUUGUUUCUUAGAAGAAAAGCUAUAAUUAAAUCCAGAAUGAUAUAAACAUAAGGUUUCAUAGAGCAAAAUCCACAAUCAGUUCUUUAAGAUGAUUUAUUGUUUGAAUAUUUUAAACUUAAAUGUUGA